AGUACGGCAUAUUUCACGCCUUAAGUCUCCUUCGCCCUCGACCUUGACCGACCUCUCUCAACCACGCUUUGUCAGCCCGAUUUCAGACCUCCCCGCCCAUCCCAUCUUAGGUGCAGGAAAACAGAAACUGCACUGAGGUCUGCUGCGCCAGUUCCGUAGGGACCAGAAAGGAAAAGGAAAAGAAAUAAACUGUGCAGAAGGUUAGGGGAAGCAAAGAAUAAUCUAGACAUUAUGAGUUCAGGUUACCCAGCUCCGCCUGUCCACCAUUCGCAGGCAUUCCCGCCUGACAUGCCAGGACCGUCUGCGCAUCAUCCAGGUUACGCCCAGCUUCCUCCACCUAUGUCCUUUAAUUAUCAGCAAGAUCCCAUAACGAACCCUCAUCGCACGAACAUGCCACCUCCGAGAACGAAUAUGGCCCCGCCUAAUAUGCCCGGCCCUAGAGACCGCGCUGGAGAGCUCACCGCAACAGAGAACGGCGUUGGCGGUCCCGGCUCCAAUCCGCUUACCUCUAAACCUGGCGCCGAAGAAAAGGACAAGCCAGCUCCGCAACCUAUCGAGGGCACCGACGCAACUAGGAAAUAUAGACUCGAGGUUGUCCAACAACCUCUAAGGGCGAGAAUGUGUGGUUUCGGUGACAAGGAUCGACGACCCAUCACCCCUCCGCCAUGUAUCAGGCUUGUUGUGAUGGACAAAACCACGGGCAAAGAGGUAGAUUGCAAUGAGGUUGAGCACCAACAUUAUGUGUUGCACGUUGAUCUGUGGUCUGAGAAUGGUGACAAAGAGGUCAACCUAGUCAAACACUCCCAGCAAUCGCCGUCCAUCUCAUCCACACAGGCCUCUUCUUUUCGAGAAGUGAUUGAGGGAAGCCAGACCAGUGGUUAUGGAUAUCAAUCCAUCGUGCCUUCAAACCGCGAAUAUGCACAGCAAACCAACGCAGGUUACCCUCACGCAAUGCCUCCUUAUCAACCAGACCCCUACGGACAAGGGUACGGUUACCCGCCACAAGCCCAACCGUACGGCUAUCCUGGCGGGGGUUAUCGAAACGAAAUGGUACCAGGUGUGCCUCAGCUUCCAUCACAGCCAAUGUUCGGACCUCGUUUCUCCCAAGAUAUGUCUGGGCAUCAGAUGACGCAACACCGCUUAAUGGGGCCUCAAUCACCAAAUGGCAUGUAUACGAGAAACCUUAUCGGUAGCCUUGCUGCCAGUGCGUCGCGUCUCACCGAUCCAACGGACAAGAUUGGAAUAUGGUUUAUUUUGCAGGAUCUAAGUGUCCGAACCGAAGGCUGGUUUAGAUUGCGAUUUUCGUUUAUCAAUCUACGAAGACCAGAUGCUACGUCUAACGGCGGCAGCGACGCCGAACUUCUAAACCGAGGCAGAGCGCCGGUGCUUGCGCAGGUAUUUAGCGAGAAGUUCCAGGUCUACUCAGCCAAGAAAUUUCCCGGUGUCUGCGAAAGCACUGCUCUGAGCAAGUGCUUUGCCGUGCAGGGAGUUAAAAUUCCAAUCAGGAAGGAUGGUCAAGACGGAAAGGGGAGCAAGGGUAGAGGAUCGGAUGAUGAAGACGACAAUUAGGGUUCGGCUACAUUUCCCUUGGAAUAGGGACAACCUAUCACAGCACGAUACAUGGUCGAGGGCAUUUGCGCUCGUACACCCUUGGACAGGUAUAUGUCAGAAAGGGGCUUGGAUCCCAUGCAGGAAAUAGAGAAGCCCGCUUGAUGCCGACAGAAAAAGAGGUCGGGCGACGACAGGGCAAAGCUUGGGAGUGCCCUGCU